GAAAUGUGUCCACACGAAAAAGAUUGGUGGUUUUCGCUUGGACUUAUCAUAUGGAGGAAAGGCAAAGCAUCUGUUAGACGCAAUGAAUUAUGUGACGAUAUGAAAUUAGCAGAGGGUAUUUUCUAUGAUGUUCUCAAAAUGGAUCGCAAUCACAGCUAUGCAAUGGUUUUGAUAGCAGAUAUAAAGCGAAGAAAACGCAAAACAAGAAAAGCAGAAUACUUCUUGAAAAGUGCUCUAAGACCUAAACCCACACGUGUAAAAAUAAUUGGUGAAGUGGCACAGGUAUACAGAAGGAUGAACAAUUUUGAUGAAGCACUAAGCGUUAUACACAACGCCGAUUCAGAGCCAAAUUCAUUCAUCUAUCACCAACUAUACCUUUUGUACAGAGAUAGGAAUGUUUCACCAACAGUCGAUUAUCUACAAAAGGCCAUUGAUGCAAAUCCCUGUAAUCUCGCCGCAAGAUUUGAUCAAGCUAAAAAAUAUAUUACCGAAAAAAAUUACGAUAAAGCUCGGGAAUGCUUUGAUCAUAUUCUGGAUAAUUUUGGAAGUGACUCAGAUGCAGUAAUUCAAACAAAUUUUGAUUUCGCAAAGUUCUUGGUACAAAUAAACGAACGUGAUAGUGCAAUGGAUAAAUAUCAAGCACUUUUGGACGAAGCAUUGAUAGCGUGUAAAGAAAACAAUGAUCCACCUUUUACUUAUUUUAAAGAGAUUGAUUGGAUUGUUCGAAAAGCUAUUUCAGAGCUCAGACUCUACUUUGAAGAUCAGCUGAAAGGGAAUAGAAAUGUUAAGGAAGCACUUUUAAAGUUAGCUGAGUUGGAGAAGAAACUCGGAAAUCAUUACAAAGCAUGCAGAUACUACGAACAAAUAAUUGAAAUGCAACCACCUAUCGAUACAAGUCUCAGGUGGACAAUCCUUGAAUAUCUAAGUGAAAUUAAAACUAGAAAGACUCUCUUUACAGAUGUCGAUUCCAUUAUUAUGGAUAUGGAACAGAUCAGUCUUCAAAACCCAAAACCUGACAUUCUCCACAAGUGCAAGGCAAAUUUAGCUGUUGAGAAAGGAAAAAAUGCCCUCCAGAGUGGAAAAGAAAAUUAUGCUAUCAAUAUGUUUAUUGAAGCAGUGAAAUUUGGUAGUUUAGCAGGAGCAAGGUUGCUUCUUGAUGAAAUUAAAAAGAUGGAUAGAGGAAACAGAGAUUUCUACACAAUUUGUGCUCAGAUUAUUGUUUGCAUUGAACAGAGUGACGACAAUGAAACAGCGAAAUUGAGGAAAGAUCUUGACACUUUACUUUCUGGAGAUACAUCUGAUAUAGGUGUUGUUUUAUGCGACCUAAGAAAAACACAAAUUAAUUUGGAGAAGUGUUGUAUAAUGCAAGACGAGACACAAAUCGCUGUCUUCAGAGUUGAUAUCAUUCACAAGUGCCGCACAAUACUCAACCAGACCAUGGCGAAGUUCAAGGAUCGUCAUUAUGCACAUGUCAACAUCUCAUGUGACUUUUUCAACAUUCCGAAAUGUUCUUCAGCAAAGGUGGAAAACCAAGUCAGAAAUAGGCUUCAAAAGAAGUAUGGAUGGAGCCAGUUUGAAUGCAGGUUCCCAGACCUUUUCCAAUUCCUUGUUUCUAUUCAACCGGCUUCAAAUCCACACGAUAAUAACUGGAUGUUCGCUUUGCUAAGAAUGGAUAACGCAAAUAAACACGAAAGUGCCCUCGGAGAGAAACUGAAAGUAGAGGUGUAUUCAGACAAUGCAGGUAACAUGGCAGAGCAAGAAUUUACGACCUUAGAAGUCGCUAAGGAUGCUUGUAACAACAUCGGAAAAAUCUUGAAUGAGUUUUAUAAACAUUUGUAGGUAAAUUCAUGUAAUCUAAUAGUUAUUUAGCUUACUAAUUUGGAAGAACAAAGCGAGUAUACGUCUUUGUUGGCGCGUAGCAAUUGAAUCCAGGUAACUAAUUAAGUUGUAUGUACCUUACGUAUUAUGGUGCGUAAUGAUUGCUGUCUUGGGUAUAUCCUUGGUAUUCAACCCGAGGCCCCAAAGAUUUUUUAUCCAGCCCGCACAACAUUGCUAAAAAAUUAAUCAUUUUUCCGGUCAAUUGUCUGUACUUAACAUUCUGUUAAUAGAAACACGCCAACCUACAUUGUUCAACAAGAGAAGUGGCGUAUCCAGGUUUUGUGAAAUUUGGUGAUAAAAGAGUUCGGACCUCGUCAACGCCACCAUUGCUGGCGCUGAGGUGUAAAUAUUUUCAGUGUUUUGUACAUUAGGAUGCCCGAAAAUGGAACUUAAAUUACCCUUUUAAAUUGUUUUUAUAUUUUAUGAAAACCAUUUAAGAUAAUAUUAUACUUUUUAAUCUAUUUGAAUGAUGGGUGUGGUCUCAUCACUAAAUGACCAGAAUUAUUGGUAAUCAUCCAUAUUACAGUAUUCUAAAACAAUCAAAGAAAAAUAUAUGUCAAUAAAUCAAUAUAAAGCUGGUGUUGGUCACUUGGAUAUACUGCAGGAUUAAGCUAAAUAAUAUUGAAUCCCAACACGAUGGCGUGAGUUUCAAUACUUGGAGUAUGUAUUAUACUUUCUUUUCUGAGACUAAUUCAGUGG